AUGGAGGCCAAAUACGUCAAGUGGCGGGAAACCUACCUGCGAUCGUCGCCCGCGGGCCUCUACUGCUACUACAACGGCAAAGGCGACAAUGGCAACGCCAUCACCUGUUCAGAAGCGCAUGGCUACGCGAUGCUCAUCUCGGUUCUCCACCGCAACCGACCCGACUUCGACGGCCUGCUACAGUUCUUCCUGACCUUCCGCAAUGCCAACGGGUUCAUGUGUUGGCAGAUCCGGUCGCCGCAUCAGCCGUCUUCGCCAUCAGGAGCCGUGCAGCCAUACGUCGAGGAGGACGGGCGCACCUCAGCUACGGACGGAGACAUUGACAUUGCCUCGUCGCUCUAUUUAGCAGCAAAGACGUUCGGGGAGGGCGAUGGGAGGUAUCGAGCGGAAGCCGAUCGACUGACGAGUCAGAUCCUGAAGCAUGUGAUCCAUCCUGAGCUCGGAACGCCGCUGUUGGGAGACUGGGCGAACCAGGAUUCUGCGGAGGCGAGGAAGCUGUACAAUGCGACACGCACGAGCGACUUCAUCCUGUCGAGCUUUGCGCUAUUCGCGCGAUACCACUGCAGCGCGCCCGAGCGGCAGCGCUGGGAAUGGGUGCUCCAAUCGACCAAAUCCGCAGCACUCUCCUGCGGCGGCAGCACCGGCUUUCUGCCGGACUUCCUCCAGUACCACUCGCACGCGUGGCACCCGGCACACGGCAAGCUGCUCGAGUCCGAACACGACGGCGCUCUCAACUGGAACGCAUGCCGUACCCCGUGGCGUCUCGCUCACUACCUCGCCACUACCGGCGACACGUCCAUCUUGCCGCUGCUCCAACACGCUCAUCAAUCAGCACGCUCAUUGCCGGCAUUCAGGUUCCCCAACAUUCCCGCCGGCGUCAACCUCUCUCACCCAGCACCACUCGUCGACUACUCGGACAAAGCAUUCAUUGCUCCCGUAGGCUACUUGUGCCAUGUGCUGAGCGACGUCGACGGCCACCAGCAGUGCGUUAGGGCGCUAGACACGCAGGGGGUCGGCUACUUUGGAGACACGAUUGAUCUCCUCAUCGCCGAACAGGCGAGUCACGCUCACGAAUGGUUCUGA